GCUGUUUCUAGAAUUUUACAUAUAUACAAAAUUGAGCGAUUCCGGAACUGCUAUCAACUUUAACUUUUGCUUCCUCGAAAUUCCUAAAGUCUCAUAAAUCUGAGAUUGAUUUAGAGAUUCAUAAAUGACAAGGAGGUCUGGCACGGGAAUAAGAAAACAGCUGCUGCAGUUCGACAUUCAAAAAGCUAGGUGAAGUUCACUUAGAUGUUCUGGCAUCGAGAAUGAACAUUAAAAAUUAUUUUUUUUAAAUCGAAGACUAGAAAUUUUACCACCGGAAAUAAUGUCAAUAAAAAGCAAUGUCAAAAGUAGAAGAAUAAGUAGAGAUUAGAGAAUUAAAAAAAAAGUUCAUCAAUUAAAAAAAAAUCCACUCCUAAAAAUAAAUCGUGACAAAAUUAAAAAAUCUGAAUAGAAAUAGAGUGAAAUGAUAAAUAAAAAUAAAUCAACUCCAUGAAAAUGAAACCGAAAUGAAAAUAUUUUUCUCUUUCUCACAAAUUGAAUUUCCUUUUGGCACAGUUUCCGUGUUACAUUUCAAUUAUCAAAACUUCGUCUGUCAUUUAUUACUAACCGAAAAAAAAAUGAAGAGAUCUGUCACAACUUUUGACGUUCAAAAUUUUGUCAAAAUAACUUGUUUAGUAUGUUAGUUUCCAAAUUUUCCGUACCCAUAAUUCAUCAUAGUUGUUUCGAAAAUUUGAAAUAUUUACUAGUUCGAUAUGCCAGCAAGAAAACGUGCAACAAAGUGAUAAAAGAAAAUUUGAAAUCAGAAGGAAAAAUUGAAAUUAAUGAACGUAAUCGAUGCGAUGAAAAUCGAGCAGCACUUGCAAAAUGUCCAAAGAAGGAGAAAACUUGCAAAACUGAUAAACCAAAAUGUAACUCGAGAAUAUCUGACGUUUAUCUCCAAUCUCUAAGAUCCGUGGAGGAAAAUGCGAAGAAAUUGUCAAAUUUCGUGGAAAAUUCGACGAAUCUCAUUAUAAAAUCCUACGAGAAGGAAGUGAAUCACAAAAAAACGGAGCAAGCCGCAAAGAGAAAGAAAUUUUUAAAAAUUAUCAACGACAAACUACAAGAAUUAAUCAAAUUAGACGGUUUUUGCGGUAUAAAAAAGCGAAAUCAAGCGUGGAUGAUAAAUUACAAAGUAUUCGACGAACUGAAAUAUUGCAAUUGCGAAAAGCCCAAGGAUAUCAAAUUUCUACAAAACGAAAAAGAAAAAUUAAUCUCCGAAACAAAAUUAACCACAAAUAGUGCCAUUGAUUUAAUUAAAAUUUGUCGAAAAUGCGAAACGCCAAAUUCCUUAAAGGAUUGUGUCGAGGAAAAUACGAAAAAAGCAAUCGAAAUUCUUGAAGAGUCCAAUGAAAAAGUUCUCGAAGAAAUUGAUGAGUUAAAAAAUUAUAAAAUCAAAGCGGUGAAGAAUUUUUCCGAUUCCUUAGAAAGUGUCACAGAAUCCUACACAACAAAAAUAGAAGAUUUUUCCAAAAAUUUAUCACGUUCGAUCACCUUUAUCAAAAAGCAGAAAAAAAUGAUAAGGAUAUUGCGAAAAAAAUUGGAAAAAGAGAAUAAAAUGAAAAAAUAAAUAAAAAAGAAAGAAAAAAAGAAAGGAGAGAA